AUUGUCAUCAGGUCCAUCCAAACCAUAUCAUUCCGAUUACGUUCGAUGUCAUUUGUUACUAAUUCAUAUUUUAUCCUCUCACAUUUUGCAAUGUCAUUAUACAUAUACAUACACAACCUCAGCACCCUUGUAUAUGUGGGAUUUUAAGCAAAAGAAUACGGCAACCACAAAUGUUCUUGGAGUUGUUAUGUUCAGUGUGGUAUUGGGAACGGCGCUUGGAAAAUUGGGUUCAUCUGGAAAACCAUUGCUUGACUUCUUGUAUGCCACCAGCGAAGCCAUGAUGAUCAUCACACAUUGGGUUAUUUGGUUGUCACCGGUGGGUGUCUUUUUUCUGGUUGUUGCCAAAAUCCUCGAAAUGGAUUCGUUGGCCAUAAUUGUUGGUAAACUUGGUGCUUAUUUCUGUACGGUUAUGCUGGGAUUAUUUAUCCAUGGUUUCAUCACAAUUGCCGUCAUAUUCUUCAUUUGUACGCGAAAAUUACCGUAUCGAUACAUUUCAAAGAUGGGCCAAAAUUUAGCCACGGCAUUUGGAACUGGUUCAAGUUCGGCCACAAUGCCAGUUACAAUCAACACAUUGGACGACAUGGGAAUCGAUCCGCGAGUCACACGUUUCGUUAUUCCAGUUGGUGCAACAGUUAAUAUGGAUGGUACAGCAUUGUAUGAAGCUGUUGCUGCCAUUUUCAUUGCACAAUUGAGAAAUGUCGGACUUUCGUUCGGAAGUUUGGUUGCCGUCAGUGUGACAGCCACAGCUGCAUCAAUUGGAGCGGCUGGUAUUCCAUCAGCUGGAUUGGUUACCAUGGUCAUGGUGCUCGAUACAGUGGGUCUACCAUCUGAAGAUAUUUCAUUGAUCAUUGCCGUUGAUUGGCUUCUUGAUCGAUUUAGAACAACAAUUAAUGUGAUGUGCGACUCACUUGGUGCUAUUUUGGUGGAUCAUUUAUCACGGAAUGAUCUAAAAGAAAAACUGGAAUUGGCCGAACCGCACGAGUUGAUGGAAUUAAAGUCAUCAAAUAACGACAAGGAAGUAUCGACGGUUGUCAAGAAGUCUUAUGGUUCCAUCUAAUCGCCAAAUUAACUUGCACAAAAUGCCAUCGUACAUUGAACUCUUCGCAAAAUGCGAUGAAGCUAACAAUAUUCUUCCUUUUUUUUGUUUCGUCAAUAAGUGGCAUCGUUCAAAAAAUUGUCAACAACCAUUCGGUCAAAAUGAAAGAAACAAAAAGGUUUUGUGUAUUCAAAAGAAUUUCAACGAUGUUGAUGCAUUCAAAAAAGAGAAUAUUAAAAGAUUCAUUCGGUUUAGUGACGAGCUUAUAUAUGCGUGAUGGCACUCAAUGUGUUGGUAUUAGAUGGAAAUUCAUACGUAGUCUUGAUUUGAUAUUUACAUUGCCGCUUAUGUAAUGGUCGUGCCAUCUCUGUGCUUCAUUUUCUUCUAUUUUCGAUACCGAACUGUCUUCUAAAUUCAUGCUUUCAACAACUACAACACACAAAAAAAAACAUUAAUAUCUUUUUAACCAAAAAUGCGCACAUUUUUCUUGCUGUUAAUUUCAUUCCAUUUUGUUCAUAAUGAAAAGUCGAUUCGAAAUUUGGCAUCAUAUUACACCACCCCUGCCUCUUUUCUUCGCUCCAAACAAACAUCUAAUUUAACAAUUACAGUCCUCUUUUCAAUAAUCAAUCAUUUAACAUUCAUUUUAAUCUAGUUUCGUUAACGACUUAUUAACACACACACACAAACUCUAUCAAUUAUUAUCACACUCUAUCAAUUAUUUAAAUCCAACUAAAAACAAAUACAUUUGAUUGUACAAAUAUUGAAAUAAAGAAAAAAGAAACUAUACUAGUAAACAAAA